CCUGCCUCUUAAGCCUUCUUACCCAAAGAAGGUAUUGCCAUGGAUAGUUCCAAAAAGCUUACUCAUGAAAUUAAUCCUUCCAUUGAUGGCCUAAAUGGGUUAGUCCUGAAAAACAAUGAAUCUUCUUCAUUUGAUAGUUACUGCAAUAAUUUGGAGUCGGGAGGCUUUUAUGAUGAUCUAAAAUGUUUUGUCCUCAAGGCUGUUAUAAAUGGAGCUGACAAGGUCCUCAAGGAUGGAAAAUCAAGGAAAGCAAGAGCUAAGCAGCCAAUAUCAAAUUAUACUGCAAUCAUAAAUAAUAAUACUCCUACUUCAUGGACUAAUCAAGUUGGUCAUGACGAUCAACAGUGUACCUUCAAAGAUGAGGAAGUUGGUCAAUUGCCUUUCAUCAACAUUAUAUCCUUCCUUGCAGUUUUGGCUUUCAAAUUUGCUGGUUUCCAAUUCAAUCUGCUUAUUGGCCUCUUCAUGCUUCCAAUUUGGUUAUCGAAUUUUUCUUUCAUGUUCUUGAUGUUCCCAUUUCGUGUUAUGAAGCAUGUUAGAGGGCAUCUGAUGAAAAAGCUGGUGACAAUUUUAGCUGCCACCACUGUCAAGGCUCAAAAAUCAAUGGGAAGCAUGGUGAUGAGGUUCGGAUCUGCCUUGUUUUGGUCAGUAUAUGUCUGUUCCAUGCUUCUUGGGUUGCUACUAUCUGGGUUUGUGUUUGGAGGUGUUGUUAUGCGAUGCCUGGUUGAGAAGCCUAUACAGAUUUCAACUAACCUCAAUUUCGACUACACGAAAAGUAGUCCAGUUGCUUACAUGCCAUUAAUGUCUUCUGCUAGUUUUGGCAAUCCUCAACAUUAUAUACAGCAAAUUGAUGAGAAGAUUGUUAGUACUCAUACAAUUCCUUAUAAUCACAAGCUGCAGCUUACUGUCUCAUUAACAGUACCCGAAUCUGAGUAUAACAGAAAACUUGGUGUUUUCCAGGUUAGGGUAGAGUUCCUGUCUGCAAAUGGUAAAGUUACUGCAAGCUCAAGCUUUCCCUGCAUGCUGCAGUUCAAGAGCCAUGCUAUCCGUUUUGCAGAAACCAUUAUCAGAAGCGUUCCUCUCUGA